CAGUCGCUUGAGACGCCAAUGGAUCUGCGAGUACUGCAAGUAACACAAACUGAGCGAAACCAAGAAAGAAAUUCGAUUUCGGAAACACCGUUCACAGGGAUAUCGCAUUUAAAACGCAGACUAGAUUUCGAAUCAUGGACCAAUAGUAGCCGUAAAAAACGUCGACGUCUAGCAGAAAUUGAUCAUGAACAGCGACGUAGCCCCACAGCGGCACCCACAAGCAAUGUGAGAUCUUCAGCUGCCGAAGCAAUGAUAGCACUACAGGCUCCAACGUCCAUAAACCAAUUAAUGCCUAUGGUACAAAUAUUCAUUUACCCUGCUGAAUCUGCGGCCAAGAGGCGAUCAAUCAACAAAGAGGAAGAACCCCCAAUAAACCCUGUAAUUAAAGCGGAACCAAACACAGCUGCAGUCGCUACGGAAUAUCUGACAAUAACACCGGACUUACCGCCCGCAGUUACAACAGAGGAGAAACCAACCACCCUAACAAUAGGUCCAAAUGGUACAACCGUUUUGAGGGACGCUUUCGAAAAUAUCAAUUGGAGCGUGCCAACAAUUGCUACGCGUUCACUGCUGUCACUUAUAUUCGAUCGGGACACGCUAGCAACUCAUACGCUCAGCGGUAAACCUUCGCCAGCAUUCCGUGGCCGUGAGCGUCCACCGAAGCGACAGUUGGAUCCAUUAAAAGUAGCCGAUAUAAUUCAUUGUGUGCAAAGUAAGAUAAAGUAUUCGGAUCGCGAAAUUCGUACAACCAUCACUAUGAAAUGUGCCGAUGCUACCAAAGUAACUAAACGCAGUCUCAGCAAGAAAAUCAAGAAUGAAUUGUAGAUUUAGGUUUA